CUCUCCCAGCAGUUCCAAGAGCUCAGGGUAAGCCUCAGUCAGAGGUUGGUAUCAGAGACAGAAAGACAGAAUGCAGCAGGUUGUCGUACUCGCGCUCCUCUUGGGCCUCGUUUGCCUCCUCCAUGGAGUGCCCGUGCUUCCCGAACAUCUCUUCCCCACACAGGAGAACUUCGACCUGACUAAGUUCAUGGGGAAGUGGCAUGAUAUUGCGGUAGCGUCCACCUGUCCCUGGAUGCAGCGCCACAGAGGAGACGCAGCUAUCGGCGUACUGGAGCUGCAGGCCGGGGACACUGAAGGCAAAGUCAGCAUGAAACGCAGCAUGAAAAAGCACGGGACAUGUAAGCAGAUCUCUGGUGAUUAUGAGCUAACAGACACACCUGGAAGAUUCACCUACCACGUUGCCAAGUGGGGGGCUGAUGUUGAUGCCUAUGUCGUUCACACUAACUAUGAUGAGUAUGCCAUCGUCAUGAUGAGUAAACAGAAGACAGGUGGCGAGAAGACCAAGUCUGCCAAGUUAUACAGCCGCACCAUGGAACUGCGGACCACUAUCUUGGACGACUUCAGGAGGCUGGUGAGGGAGCAGGGCAUGGCUGAUGACACAGUCAUCAUCAAACAGAACAAAGGCGAGUGUAUACCAGGAGCAGAGCCUGUAGCAGCAGAGUCUCAGUCUGAGAUUACGGCACCGAGAGCUAAGAGGAACAUAGUCCUCCCUGAUCCUGCCCCUGUAGAGGGCUCCGGUAUGGGUGAUGACACCAUGAUCUUCCGGAGUGCAGAGUCCUGUAAGGCGGAGCCGGACGCAGGUCCCUGUUUCGGGAUGGUGGAGCGCUACUUCUACAAYUCCACCAGUAUGGGCUGUCAGCUGUUCACCUAUGGAGGCUGUAUGGGCAACCAGAACAACUUUGUGACUGAGAGGGAGUGUCUGCAGAGCUGCCGCACUGAGGCUGCCUGCAGAAUGCCCAUGGAUGCUAAACCCUGCACUGGGCAGCCCAAGAUAUGGGCCUUCGAUCCCAGCUCUGGACUCUGUCUGGAAUAUAAAAAGGACUACUGCCAGGGCAACAGUAACAAGUUCUACUCCAAGGGGGAGUGUGAGGAGUACUGUGGGGUGAUGAAGGAUGGAGAAACGGAGUUCCUGAAAGCAAACUGAAGGAGAUUAGAGGUCAUAAUGAUGAACACACCCUAACACAGCACAGAACACCGUCUGGGUUAGCCGUCUGAAAGACUACCUAUAUCAUUCAAUACAGAACAGAACCCAACACAAUAAAAUUAUGGAUUAAGCUG